UUGGAGAUCGUACCCAACCAGGAAAGUCAAGAUCAGAUCAGAACUUCCCUCUCCAUUUCGUCUACGAUCAGUCGAUCGAGCUGGAAAGAAUUCUUUAGACUCUAAAUAUUAAACGACUAACCACGAUAGCGUUACAUUUUUACCGUCAUGGGCCCUGGAAGGAUCUGCAUCCUCGUGCUUUGUAUCUUACUCUACUUUCAAGACACACUGCAGGCGAAAGCUCAGAAGUGUAGACGUACCAAUAAGAAGCCCUUCAGGUACUGUUUGGAUCGGCAAUGUACCUCAGACAGCGAUUGCAGAGCCAAUCACCAAUGCCUGUGUGACGGAGACUGUGGAUUAAGCUGCGUUCAAAAUGGUACGGAUUGUGGAAAACCUGAUACCCCCAAAGCUCUACGUGUCAGAUUGAGCGAGGGCACAAAAUUUGGAAGUGUUGCCCGUUUUUCUUGCAAAGGGGAUCAGUAUACACUACGAGGAUCGAAGAAACGAGUCUGCAGAGGCAUUGGAAAGUGGGAUGGAAAAGACGCAAAAUGUAGAAUAUUGUGCAAGCAUCCUGGGGAUAUUGCAUACGGUAAUAAUAAUGGCGAUAAAAAGAAUUACCGUGUUGGAGCCACUGUGAGAUAUUGGUGUUUCCCUGGAUAUGAUAUGGAGGGGCAGAGUGUAACCGAAUGCAAUAACAAGGGAAAAUGGAAAACACCACCACCCAAAUGUGAAGCACCAUCUUGUUCCAAACCUAUACCACCCGAUAACGCCUUCAUCUACAGCAGACAGAAACUGAAAGAGAAGUAUAAAUACAACGAAGUGGUCAGGUUUCGAUGUGAACACGGUCACUACACUUCUGGAUCGUCAUUCCAGAGGUGUCUCGCUAGUGGAUGGAGCAAUUCUGAUUUCAGAUGCAUCCCCAAGAGUUGUGGUGAUCCUGGUAGUCCUGUCAAUGGCAAAAGACAAGGCUACGUCUUUACAUUCAAGAGGAAGGUGUAUUUCAAAUGUAAUCGAGGAUACAAGCUCGAUGGGCCAGAAUACAGACAAUGUCAGGCCAACCAGAAGUGGAGCGACAGGACACCAUCCUGUGAACCAAUAAACUGUGGUCGUCUGGAAGAACCAGAUGACGGCGAGAAGAUAGAAGAAACUUCUACAUUCUUUGGAGGUAAAGUCGUGUUUGAUUGCAAGAAAAUAGGUUUUGAGAUGAAAGGAUCUAAACAACGUUUUUGUCAAGAGGAUGGACAGUGGAGCGGAACCAAUACUACAUGUGAACGUGUUGAAUGCAAGGAUCUGGGAACACCUGGUAAUGGUGUCAGAAAGCCAGACAAGAAUAAAUACGUGUAUGAAGACAAGAUAGAGUUCAGAUGCAACACAAACUAUACUUUCAUUGGAAGGCAAUUCGUAAUCUGCCAAAGCGAUAGAACAUGGUCAGGAGCUGUACCACGUUGUUUAGCUCCCUGUAGAGAUCCUGGUAUACCAAUUGGUGGACAUCGAUACCAACAUUCAUUUCUACACAACAAAAUCGUUCAGUUUAGUUGUAACUCAGGAUGGACAAUGGAUGGUUCACGUACAAUAAGAUGUACCGAUGGACGAUGGGAUCACGAUUCACCAACAUGCAAUAAGGCAUGUUUGAGGCCGAAUAAGUAUCCUGUCAAUGGAGGAAUUCGAGGUUCAUAUAUUAGUUACAGACACAAGUACAGCAUCAGAUACUACUGCAAUAGAGGAUAUAAUCUUGUUGGACAAGAAUAUGUAAGAUGUCUGAAUGGAACAUGGGAGAACAAGCAACCAACGUGUAGACCUGUUGAGUGCAGGGACCCAGGUAAACUUGUAAAUGGUGGCAGAUAUCCAGACAAAAGCAAAUACGUGUUCAAAGACAGUAUACGGUUCCAGUGUAAGACAAACUAUACGCUGAGAGGAGUUCCUGCCAUUACUUGCCAACAUGAUAAAAGAUGGUCAGGAAAUGUACCAAGAUGCUUAGCUCCCUGUAGAGAUCCUGGUAUACCUAACAAUGGCCAACGUUAUGACCACUCGUUCUUACAUUAUGCUAGAGUAAGAUUCUCGUGUCGAAGAGGAUGGAACAUCGAGGGUUCUCAGACUAUCACAUGUAAUGACGGAAACUGGGAUCAUACAACACCAGAGUGCAUGGAGGGCUGUCAGAGACCAAAAAGACCUGACAAUGGUGGUAUCUACAGAGAAAAGGUAUUUUACAGACACAGAGAGCGAAUCAGAUAUUAUUGCAAUUAUGGAUACCAAAGACUGGGCACGCAAUAUAGUGCGUGUGAAAAAGGUCGAUGGAAACAGCAAACGCCCACGUGCAAGCGGAAAUGUGGCAAUCCAGGAAGACCUGACAAUGGAGACUUAACAGGAUCUGAUCUUUACGAGGGAAGAGAAAUUCGUUUCUAUUGUAACAGAGGCUUUGAUUUAAUUGGAUCCCAGACCACACGAUGUUUAGCUACAGGAAGAUGGAGUGAACCACGACCAGCAUGUAAAAGAGGAUGCUAUAGCCCACGGUUCAGUAAUUCAAUACCAAAUCCCUCCCUACGCCAAGGACAAAAGACACUUCAUGGAACAAACAUAACGUUUUCGUGCAGUCAGCAAAGCUAUACACUUGAUGGGCCGAGUGUUAUUUAUUGUUUAAACGGCCGAUGGAACUAUAACGUUCCUGUGUGUAGAGCCUCGUGUCUCAAACCAGGGAAUUUACCAAAUGGUCAAAAGGCAGGAGACAACUAUGCACACGGACAGAAGGUGACUUACACAUGCCUUGGGUUAUACACAUUGGUUGGAUCUUCUUCAAUGAGGUGCAACGAUGGAAAAUGGAUUCUGGAGGCCCAACAUAACCAAUGGCCUUCCUGUAAAAAACCAUGCACAAACCCUGGCACCCCCAAUAACGGUUCUAAAACAGGAUCUGACUACAGACAUGGAAGACAGGUGUUUUACUCUUGUGAAAGAGGAACAUACAUGGUUGGUGAACGAUCUUCGACGUGCUAUGAUGGGAAAUGGUCCAACGUGCUUCCUGCAUGCCUUAAAAUUUGCCAAGAUCCAGAAGCCAUUGUAAAUGGUUACAAAACAGAGAAUCCGCGUUUGUAUCUGGCUGGUGACAGAGUCACUUAUCGCUGUAAUUCUGGCUAUGACUUGGUUGGAAGAGCAGAGUUAGUUUGUAAAGAUGACGGACAGUGGAACGAUAACGUGCCUAUUUGUUAUGGUCGAUGCAAGGUACCAAGUGGCUUUACUGGUGUUCAAUCACAGCCUUCUGUCAAGGCAAACGAAUAUCAAAGCCAUAAAAAAGUCAUAAGCUUUUAUUGCACCAAAGAUAAACAGCUAGUUGGUCCAAAAAAGAUAGUAUGUGAGGAUGGUUUAUGGAACAAGCGUUUUCCGACAUGCCAAGUUCCUUGCAAAAAUCCAGGGAAAAUCAAAAACGGAAAAAGCAAAAAUACCAAUUUCACAGCUAAAUACAAAUGUGACCAAGGUUACUCACUCGUAGGAUCCUCCUUUAUCAACUGUGUUGAGGGAAAGUGGAAGCCCAGUCCACCACGAUGCCUCAAAGAUUGUGAUGAUCCUGGUCAACCAAUAGAUGGUACAAAGAAUAGUACUGAUUACAGGCAUGGGAAGGUUGUUUCCUUUCAGUGUUUGAAAGGGUUUCGAUUAGAAGGAAGCACUGCAAUUACAUGUAGCAAUGGAACAUGGAGCAGUAGAAAAACACGCUGCAUAGGAGUUUGUCCUCAUCUGGAUGCACCAAAAAAUGGAAAACGUCUGGAUAAUAACUUUGAUCAUGAAUCUCGUGUAUAUUUUCAAUGUGACCAAGGAUAUAGCAUGCAAGGUUCUUUAGUACUGAUUUGUAACACAAAUGGAAAAUGGAGUCGUGAGCCACCUGUCUGCAGAGCUCCCUGCCCUAAUCCUGGACCACCCACGAAUGGAAGAAGAAAGGAAAACAACUUUGGUCACGGUGCUGCUGUACAGUUCUUUUGUGACCCGGGAUACGAACUGUUUGGUGCUCAAACCUUAACAUGUAACGAUGGAAGUUGGUCACAUGCUGUUCCGACAUGUGAAACUGGCUGUUCAAAUCUUAAAAUUCCAAAGGGAAUGACAACACAAGGGAAUCUCGACAGAAGUAGAACCUCUAUCUCUUUUUCGUGUACUCUACCUCUUGUUUUGGUCGGCAAGUCAGUCUUGACUUGUAUCAAUGGACGAUGGUCUGAUAUACUGCCUGUCUGCUCAGAAUGUGGAUCAGCUCUUGGAAUGGAGAAUGGGAAGAUUCCCGAUAGUAACAUUCGAGCAUCAUCAACACGUUAUAGAUACCAUGCGAAGUAUGGACGAUUGAACGGACGAUAUGCGUGGUGCUCAGGAACAGAACUUGAUCCGUACCUUCAGAUUGACUUUGGUAAACCCUACAGGAUAACAGGCCUGGCUACACAGGGAAGUGCGUAUGACAACAAAUGGGUGGAGACGUAUACUGUGAGAAGUAAUCUGGCGGGAUCAUCAUUUAACAUUUACAGAGAAGAUGGCCGAGAUAAGAUUUUCAUCGGUAACAGAGACAAUGGAUCUGUAGUAAGAAACAAAUUAAAGAAUCCUGUUAUCGCAAGGAGAUUAAGAAUAUUACCAAAAAAACAAGGUGGAUUUUCCUAUUAUAAUCCUGCAUGUGUGCGAGUAGAGAUAUAUGGGUGUGACCUUCCUUCAGAUUGUAUCCUGAUUGGAUCUCGUGUAGUUGCAAAAUGGGGUGAUCAUGUAAGUGGUGGAUAUAAAUACUUCAAGGCCUACCUUACAAACAUGGGAAGCUACUGGAAAGUAGAAUGGGAAGAAGAGUUUCAUGGCAGAAAUUGGUAUAAAAACUUGUUAAAUUACGAAGACCUUCCGUUUGUCCUGGAUGUUCCUCCCAAGCACGAAGAGUUACAAGUAGGCACCAGGGUGUUAGCACCAUGGGGACAUACAUAUUACACUAGUACCAUCAAGACAGGAAGAGACAGAUAUAACAGAUACCGAGUGAGAGCAGAUGAUGGUGAUGAGAGAUACUUUACAAUAGAUCAAAUACGUGUACUUAAAGCACCUACAUUUUGUGUAAAGUGCUUGAUGACCUCCUUGCUGGUAUCCUUGUGUUUCCUGUUCUCCUCAAGCAAAUUAAAAGAUUACGAUCACUGUGGACUGCACUCAGUGAAUAUGGAUAUUCGUAACAGAAUACUUGGAGGAAUUCAAUCUCAUCCGGGCAUGUGGCCUUGGCAAGUGGCCAUUUACAAAGGAGGUGAUGAUGGUAAGAAUGAAAAGCGGUUCAUCUGUGGUGGAGCUCUUGUUGAUACAAAAUGGGUCAUAACCACAGCUCACUGUUUCUUCAAAAUGAGUGAAUCGUCCAGUAGAAUUCGCUACGUUAAUGACUCCAGUAGUCCAAACAAAUACCAUGUCAUAGCCGGGGAUUACAAUAUCUUUCGUAAGGAAAAAAAUGAACAAGUACGUCAAGUUCGAGCCAUACGCAUCUUUCCAGGAUACAGGCAUGCUCCAUUCUAUGAGAAUGACAUUGCUCUGAUAGAACUCAAUGAAACCGUGACCCUUAGUCCUGUCGUUCGCACCAUAUGUAUUCCAGAUUCUAACGAGAAGGUGUCUGUUCCUGGUACAGUUGCACGCGUUGCAGGAUGGGGACGAACCACGAAGAGUAUCCGUUCACCAGUUCUUCGUCACUCCGCUUACCAAAUUCAAAACGACGACCUGUGUGACCAAGCGACGGACUAUUUCUUUAAUCGUUCUGUGACAUUCUGUGCUGGUAGUGGCAAGGGAGGUAACGACACUUGUCAAGGUGACAGCGGAGGUAGUAUGGUUAGACAGGUGCUGCACAAAGGAGCGCAGAGAUGGGUGACUGUUGGUCUGGUCAGCUGGGGGGAAGGAUGUGGCAUCCAAGGCAAAUAUGGCUACUAUACAAGAAUGGAACCGUUUGUUCCUUGGAUUCAGAAGACAAUAAAACCCGAAGUUAGCUGUGGCAAGCCUAGCAAAAUAAGGAAUGGACGUUUCACUGGAAAGGAUUUCUUUGAGGGUUCUCGCGUGAAGUACAAAUGUAAAAGAGGAUACAAAUUGAAGGGAAGAUCAAGACGUAAAUGUAAGCAGAAUGGGCAGUGGUCGAAAGCACCGGUAUGCCAAAAAGUUCAGUGCCCAAGACUUAACAGUCCUAUCAAUGGGUCACGCAAACCUGCCAAAAGAAAAUACUUCUACAGAGACAAAAUUCGGUUCUCCUGUAAGACCAACUUUACGAGGAUCGGAAAACCCGUUAUCGUUUGUCAACAUGAUACGACAUGGAGUGGAUUCCAAGCUUUUUGUUUAGCUCCUUGCCCAGAUCCUGGUAUACCUAAAGGAGGUAGCCGACUUGAUCAUUCUUUUAGACAUAACGAUUUGGUGAGGUUUUCUUGCAACGGAGGACGAAAAAUGGAAGGUGUUCGAGCUAUAAGGUGCAGUAAAGGACGAUGGAAUCAAAGUCCACCAAAAUGCAUAGAGAUAUGUGCACAGCCAAGAACACCAGUAAAUGGUAAUAUACACAUGGCCACGAGGAAGAGCAUCUACGACAAUAAAGAUCGAGUCAGAUUCUUCUGUAAUAUUGGAUACAGACUUGAUGGACAUGAGUACGGUGUGUGCGUUAAUGGAAAAUGGAACAAAGAUCCACCAACUUGCAAACGAAUCUGUAGGAAUCCAGGAAGACCUGCUAAUGGAGGCUUCAAAGGAUCUGAAUUUAUUGAAGGAAGAGAAAUGAGUUUCUUCUGUAACGCUGGCUUUGAUUUGCUUGGGCUUCACACCAUAAUGUGUUUACCUACAGGAAGAUGGAGUGGACCGCGACCAGAAUGUAAACGUCGUUGCAAUAAUCCUGUGAUUCAAUCCAACGGUCCAACAUCAAAUCCUCGCCUCGUACGAGGACAUAAAACCAAGCAUGGUACAACCAUAUCCUUCACCUGUAGAUCCAGAUACACCCUUCUGGGGAAAAAGAACGUCCGAUGUGAUGAUGGACGAUGGAGUGAUAACAUUCCUUCUUGUAAAGGUGGUUGUGAGGUACCAGACAACUUUACCGGCGUUCAUUCUUCGCCUCUUGUCUUGCCUGGUCAAAUUAUCCAACACAGUAGCAGAAUUACAUUCUCUUGUUUGUAUAACAAGACACUGAAAGGUUUUAAAGAAACUGUGUGUGAUAAUGGGGAGUGGAGUGCUUUAUUCCCAAAAUGCGAAGCGUCUAAAACACAUUGCCCAGACCCUGGAGUUCCUCAAAACGGUUACAUAACGUCGUUGCCCACUGUGGACUUUCCACAAGGAACAACCAUCACCUUUGCUUGUAAUGAUACGUACACAUCUCAAGGACAUCAAACCAUAGAAUGCCAAAACGGAAACUGGAGUCAUGAAAUCCCUAAAUGUUUAGCUCCCUGCAAAGAUCCUGGGGUACCAAAAGAUGGCAUCAGGUACGACCAUGCCUUUCAACAUGGCGACAAAGUAAGAUUUGCAUGCAAGAGUGGAAAGACAAUCAAAGGAGAAGCUGUGAUCAGAUGUAAUAACGGAAAAUGGAAUCACAACCCACCAGAGUGCAUGGUGUAUGGUAACUUAAGUGAAGUCCUUUACAACAACGGUAUCGAGUUCAAAUGUCGUGAUGGUUUCCAAAAGGUAGGUAUGAGGAACAUGAGCUGUGGGGAUGAAAGCUCGAACUCCAGCUUCCAAGUACCAGUAUGCAAACCACUAUGUCCUAAUCCCGGAGUUCCUGCUGAUGGGAAUAUAAUAAAGCCAUCUAUGCCAAUUGGUAAACAUGGAUCUCGAGUUACAUUUCAUUGCAACGAUAAGUACGUGUUACAAGGUCAGCAUACUCUAGAGUGUCAAGGUGGACGAUGGAGUGGGGAAAUCCCCAAAUGCCUAGCUCCUUGCAAGGCUCCUGGAAUACCUUAUGGGGGCAUCAAGCACGGAACUAGCUACAAACACAGCGAGCAAGUAAGGUUUAGAUGUAAGGAAGGAAUGGUUUUACAUGGAGCGGAAACUUUAACGUGCAAUAAUGGUGCAUGGGACCAUGAUACGCCGAAAUGUUUAACACGCUGUCUUAACCCUGGGGUUCCCAAGAAUGGCUACCCAGAGAAACCCAUGAUGCGUUUCGCGAGAGCUUUUAAACAUGGUACGGUCAUGACAUUUAUGUGCAAUGACACCUAUACGCUUGAGGGCCAACAAGCAAUCGAAUGUGUUGAUGGACGAUGGAGUCACGAGAUACCAAAAUGCUUUGCCUCUUGCAAGGACCCUGGUACACCUGAUGGUGGAAUCAGAUACGACAGUACUUUUCAACACAACGACAGAGUAAGGUUUGCUUGCAACAGUGGAAAGACAAUGGAAGGUUCUGAGAGCAUCACGUGUAAGGAUGGAAGAUGGUCCGGCAAACCUCCAAAGUGCAUAG